UAUUAUAGAGAAACACACACCAAAUACAGUAAAAACAUUAGUUUUUCUAAAUGGUGGAGUCAGUUGUUGUCCACCACACUGGACACUGAAGGAGCCUGUUUCUUGUUUCACACAGCUUAAAACCAGCUGUGUGGCAUCUGGAGCAGCAUUGCAACUUUUCUGUUGCCUUCCUACAUCAGUUUUAUUUGAUCUGUUUUUACAAAAGAGUAAUAAUAAUAUUAACUUUAAAUCUGUUUCUGUAGGGCCAUCAUCAGUUAUUUUAGUCAGGUUUGUUUCAUGUAGUUGACAUGUACUGGCCCAACAGUCAUAAUCAUAUGUUUUGCAUUGUGGCAGAUAAUACCUGCCAAUCAGUGACUGAAUAAAAGGGCAGAAAUAACCACGUUUUCAAAGCUGUUCUGAACUGCAAGGAGAUUGGUGCUGUUUUAAAGGCAAAGACUGGCCCUGCUGUUCGUUGUCCUCUAUUUUAAGUGCCUAAAACAGUUACCCGGUACCUAAUACUGUUUAGCGCAGCCCACAUGUCAGUGUCUGUUUCUGCUUGUAACCAAAGGUUUCUUGCCACUGCUGACAAAUGUCUCACACCUUGUAAAAUGAGUACACUCAGAUAGCCCAAAGAGAAAGGGAAACAGUGAAUGUGGCUGAGCAGCUGUGGGAGAAAGAGAGUCCACUUCUUUCUCAGUAUAAAGCAGCUGAGUAGCAACAGUUAAGUGGUACCUGGCCAAAAAUCUGUUUUAAAAAAAUGUGGGGUUUUUUUCUUACAACUGUUAGUACAGAAAUAAUCAAUUUCUUUCUCUCUGUUGGAUUUCCUCAUUGUGUAUAACUCUUUUUAUUCCAUCAAAAAACAAUCCUAACGUUUGUUUGUUUUACUAUUUUUCUCAUCAAAGGAAGGGCCAGCUCCACAUGUUGACAGAGAGAAAGUCUAUUUAUUGGCUUCAGAAAGUCAGAGGAUGGUGGGGGGGACAGAGCGAGAGAGAGCUGUCUUGACAGUUCUCUCUGGGAGCGCACAUGCACGCUCAGCCAGGUCUCUGUAAUCACCAUUUUGCUGAGUGGUGGUUAUAUCUUCCAGAGGAGUUCACGCCCCCUUGAACAGUUUUGGCUGACUUUGUGGUACACUUCUGACAGAGAGAGAGAGAGAGUGCAGGGGAAGAGGAGGGAAUGUAGUUGCUUGUGGGAGGAGAAGGAGGAGGGAGUGAACGAGAGGAAGGAGAAGCCUUCUCAGUUUCUGUGAGUCCUGCUGGCUGUAGGCUACAGAAUGAGCGCAGUUGCUUUCCUCUCGGUCUGAGAGGCAACUGCUGUUUUUUUUUAUUUUUAAUUUUCUUUUUUUUGUUUGUCCUUCCCUUCGUGGGCCACACAUCAGAAGGAGACACUGCAGAUUUGCUUCCCUUUCAUCUUCUUCUUCUUUUUUAACCUGUCUUCUACUUGUCUGUUAUUAUUUUUGUUGCCAUGCCGGUAGUUGGCGUAGCUUCCAAGCUUAGGCAACCCUCUGCAGUGGGCACGAAGCCAGUGCACACCGCUCUCCCCAUCCCUAGCGCGGUCAGAGCAGCCACCUCGCAGGGCUACAUGGCCCGACAGCAGGAACUCAGGACAAACGAAGGUGCCCCGGGGCUCUCAUGCCAACUGUCAGUCAAGUCUGAUUACAAGCGAGAGAAGAGCCCAGAAGGGAAGUCCAAAGCCGAGACGGAGGAGAGCAAGAUCUGCAAGAUCUACACAGACUGGGCCAAUCACUACCUGGCCAAGUCUGGCUGUCCGCGUCUCAUCAAGGACCUGAGCCAGGAUGUCACCGAUGGAGUCCUGCUGGCACAGAUCAUCCAGAUCAUAGCAAAUGAGAAGGUGGAGGAUAUCAAUAGCAGCCCCAGGAGCCAGUCGCAAAUGAUUGAGAAUGUGGAUGCCUGCCUCAGUUUCCUGGAUGCCAGAGGAGUGAAUGUACAAGGGCUCUCAGCAGAAGAAAUCAGGAAUGGCAACUUAAAGAGCAUCCUGGGUCUCUUCUUCAUCCUGUCACGCUACAAACAGCAGCAACAGCAACAGCAGCAGUAUUACCAGUCCCUGGUGGAGCUCAGCCAGCAGACCAGCAGCACCACAUCAUCUGCCAGCAGCCACAAAUCACAAGAGAUGCAAUCCAGUCUCACAGCACGAUAUGCAAGUCCUCCAGGCCACAGUGGAAUAGGUUCACCACAGAAGAAAAACACCAGGUUACCAGGGCCCUCCAGAGUACCUGCUGCGGGCAGCGGGGCCUCCAGGAGCCCAGGCUCAUCCAACCUCAACCGUCGGAGCCAGAGCUUCAACAGCAUUGACAAGAGCAAGCCUCUUCAGUAUGCCAGUGGCAACGAUAGAGAGGCUGUGAGAGGCAUCCCAGUACCUAGUGGGAUGAAUGGAAGUGGUGUUGGUGGCAUGGUUCCCACCAGCCUCAGCGGGCAGCAGCUGGCCUCUGCCAUCCCUUCCCCCACAGCUUGCAAGUCCUGGCGCAGCAAGUCCAUGAAUCUUAAGCACAGCGCAACUUCAUCCAUGCUGGCAAGCCCUACACACUCCCCUUCUACCACCCCAUCACCGCAAGCCCCAGAAGGGGAUGGGUCAAAAGUAGGGUCAAGUGUUGCACUGCCUCAGAGGUCAAUGCUGGAGAAAUUUCGGCUGAUUAACCCCCGAUCGGCUUCAAGAGCAUCACCAUCUGUGGUGGAGAUGGCUUUGCAGGAGGAAGAUGACCUAUCAGAGUAUGGUGAAGAUGGAUUGACGCCUACAGGGUCAGCGUGCAGCAGUGCUACAGCCAAACAAAUGGCUACAAAGACCCCUGCGUCGUCCCUCACCGCACCAAGCAAAACGUCCUCAUCUUCACCCGCUUCUUAUUCAAAGGCGUCCGCCAGUGGUAGCAGGUCUCAAGCCUCCUCCAAAGACAAGGAGGACAAGAGCAAGUCUGGGAAGUCCUGUAAGGACAGCUCUCCCCCAAAAGAGGAGCGCGACACAUUUCCCGAGUCCACGAAGAAGUCCUCAAAAAUUGCCAGCCUCAUCCCAAAAGGAGGGAAGUCAUCGUCAGGGAAGAAAGAUGGUGGCACCCCCUCAGCUUCAAGCGGCAUCCCAAAGCCAGGACUUAAAGGUCCCUUGGCAUCAUCAGCAAAGCCACAAAGUCAGUCCCAGGCCCAAAACCAGGCCGCCUUAAACAGCAGCGGAAAUAUACGAGGAGGAGAGGGAGAGAGGGCCAAGCUAACCAAAGGGGGGCAAAGUGGGAGUUUCUAUAUCCAACGCUCCGUAGGGGGCUCAGAGGGCAAACGGACCAGCAUGACCUCGUCCACCAGCACCUCAGCCCUGUCUGCGUCCACUGUGGGAGGAAGUGGGGGAGGGGGAGGAACACCAGGAGGAAAUGGAGUAGUUCAGCUUCCCCAGCAGCAGCAGCACAACCAUCCUAAUACAGCUACUGUGGCCCCCUUCAUGUACAGGACAUUCUCAGAAAAUGACUGCACCAUGGUGGCCCCAGCCGACCCCUGCCUCAGCCCCACCAAGGGAGAGCUAGUCUACAGCAAGACAGCCAAACAGUGCCUGGAGGAGAUAUCAGGAGAAGACCCUGAGACAAGACGUAUGAGGACAGUAAAGAACAUCGCUGACCUGCGGCAGAACCUAGAAGAGACCAUGUCCAGUCUACGGGGGACACAGAUCAGCCACAGUACAUUAGAAACGACCUUUGACACGACAGUAACCACUGAGGUGAAUGGGCGGAGUAUACCUGCCCUCGCUGCACGCUCCUCCCCCAUGUCCUGGCGUCUGGGCCAAUCACAAACCCCGCGUCUCCAGGCAGGUGACGCCCCCUCGAUGCCCAGUGGCUACGCUGCGCCCAGGGCGAGCACAACAGGCGCAGGCACCACCACAGGGCGCUAUAGUGGGCACUCAGACCCCUCCAGAUACCUUACAGAUGGCAGCCUUCAUCUGUAUGCACGGAACACCGGCCGAGCCUCAGAUGCAGCUUCUUCUCGAGACGUAUCCCAAAGAGGAAGCAAAGAGAUGCAGGGUGACAUUGACAGGUUAUAUAUUGUGAGGAAAUAUGAAUUAUUUUAUUCUAUGUCUCUACCCCUCUUUCUCCACAGUACAUUAGAAACGACCUUUGACACGACAGUAACCACUGAGGUGAAUGGGCGGAGUAUACCUGCCCUCGCUGCACGCUCCUCCCCCAUGUCCUGGCGUCUGGGCCAAUCACAAACCCCGCGUCUCCAGGCAGGUGACGCCCCCUCGAUGCCCAGUGGCUACGCUGCGCCCAGGGCGAGCACAACAGGCGCAGGCACCACCACAGGGCGCUAUAGUGGGCACUCAGACCCCUCCAGAUACCUUACAGAUGGCAGCCUUCAUCUGUAUGCACGGAACACCGGCCGAGCCUCAGAUGCAGCUUCUUCUCGAGACGUAUCCCAAAGAGGAAGCAAAGAGAUGCAGGGUGACAUUGACAGCUGGGAUGACAGCAGCUCAGUGAGCAGCGGCCUAAGUGACACGCUGGACAACAUCAGUACUGAUGAUCUGAACACACCUGCAUACUCCUGUGUCAGCUCAUCGCGCAAAAGCAAAGGAGCGCAGUCCCAGAAAGGAAGCAGAUCCAAGCAUGCGGAGCAGGUGGUGAGCAGCAGUUGGGCUGGAGCUGAAGACCUGAAGAAGGUAGAGGAGGAGCUGGAUGCAAGCAUGGAUCCUAGCAGUGGCUCUUCCCGCUGGAAGACCUCCUCGUCUUCCCCAUCCUCCCAAACCCAGGGCCAGUAUGAGGACGCCAGUCAGAAGGCAGCUGCGCUGGCCCAGAUGUCCCAAACAGGCUCAUGGAGGAGGGGUAUGACAGCCCAGGUGGGCAUUACACCACCCAGAACCAAGGGGACGUCCGCUGCCCUGAAAACACCAGGCAAAACCGAUGAUGCAAAAGCCUCAGAGAAGGGUAAGGUGCCUUCCAAGAGCUCAUCUGGCAUCCAGCGCUCACCCUCAGAUGCUGGCAGGAGUAGUGGGGACGAAGGCAAGAAACCCCCUUCUGGCAUCACACGCCCACCCACCGCAGGCUCAUUUGGUUACAAGAAGAUCCAGGGUGCCACUGGCACGCUAAUUACCUCCAGUGGUGCGAUACUCGCCAGUGGCUCAGCCACCCUGGGCAAGGCACCCAAAUCUUCAGCUGCCAUCAGCAAAGGUGCAAGCAUCAGUGGUGUGCGGAAGACCAGUCUGGAUGGCUCACAGCCCCAGGAUGAUGGCAUCCUGCUCAGCUGCAGUGGCUCGAAAGUGACCCUGCAGUACCGCUCCUUACCCAGGCCAGCUAAAUCCUCCAGUGGGGUGGCCGCAGGGCGCAGUGGGCAUCGCUCCAGCUCCAGCAGCAUCGACUCAAAUGUCAGUGGCAAGUCAGCUGGUGGGGCAACAACGCAAACAGGCACUAAACGCAGGGAUGGAAAAGUGGGCUCAGAACGCUCUAGUCCCAUCACCAUCAACCAGACCGAUAAGGAGAAAGUGGCGGUGUCAGAUCAAGACCCAGCAGCAGGACUAUCCACCUCCCCAAAGUCUAGCCCCACCUCCACCUCAACAGGCCAGUCAGGCCUCAGGCAACCAGGCUCCAAGUACCCCGAUAUCGCUUCUCCAACCUUUCGCAGAUUGUUUGGUACCAAAGCUAGCAGCAAGGCCAGCUCUCCUGGCACGCCCGACUCUGGCAAGUGCCCCUCAAUACUGGGCAGCCCGCACGGCACACUGGCGAGACAAGCCAGUCUGGACUCGCCUUCCUCUGGCACUGGGAGCCUGGGCAGCGCUGGCGGCCUGAGCGGUGGCAGCAGCCCUCUGUAUGGUAAAACCCCAGACAUGUGCACCGACUCCCCGGCCUCCAGCCCAGCCUCUGGCCUCUCCCUGCCCUCCAACGCUCGGCCCUGGCCUGCCUGUAGCUCAUCUGCUGGCAGCAAGGACACACUGAGCUGCCAAAGCAUGACCAGUCUGCACACCAGCUCUGAGUCCAUUGAUAUGCCGCUGGGCCACCAUGGGCCCAAGGUUACACGAACCGGCAGUGUCAAGUCCACCCUGUCUGAGGGCAUGCCACUUGACAGAAACACACUUCCCAAAAAGGGACUGAGAUACCCUACCUCCUCCAGGCAGACAUCUCAUGAAGAAGGGAAGGAGUGGUUGAGGUCCCAUUCAACAGGAGGUCUUCAGGAUACUGGCAGCCAGUCCCCUCUGUCUCCUCCUGGAGCCUCUUGCACCACCACAGGAAAAUACCACUACUCCAACCUCUUGAGCCCCACCAACAUCAGUCAGUAUAACCUGCCACCAGGCAGCAGCAGCAUGAGCCGCUCCAACAGUAUCCCCACCCAGGACUCCUUUGACCUGUAUGGAGAGGGUCACCCACUGGGUGGCAGCGCAACCUCUCUGGAGGAACGACCACGUGCCAUCAGCCGCUCUGGGUCCUUCAGAGACAGCACUGAUGAAGUCCAUGGCUCCUCACUGUCUUUGGUUUCCAGCACGUCGUCACUGUAUUCUGCGACAGAGGAAAAAGCUCACUCAGAGCAAAUCAGAAAGCUGCGUCGGGAGCUGGACGCCUCUCAGGAGAAGGUGGCGACUCUGACAUCUCAGCUGGCUGCCAACGCUCACCUGGUGGCAGCCUUUGAGAAGAGUCUGAGUAACAUGACCUGCCGCCUGCAGAGCCUCACCAUGACAGCCGAGCAAAAGGAGUCCGAGUUGGCAGAGUUGAGGGAGACGAUAGAAAUGCUGAAGACCCAGAACACAGACGCCCAAACAGCUAUCCAGGUGGCACUCAAUGGCCCAAACCACCUUGACAAAGAUCUGAGGAUUAGACGACAGCACUCUUCUGAAAGUAUGUCCAGUAUUAACAGCGCAGCCAGUCAUUCAAGUAUGGGCAGCUUGGGCAAGGAUGCCGAAGACAAAAAGAAGAAGAAGAAGAGCUGGGUGGCCGAUUCCCUCCCGGCUCAGUUACGAAGCUCCUUCAAGCAGGCGUUCAGCAAGAAGAAAACCAAAUCGCAGUCAGCCCACGAUGAGAUGGAGGAGAUGACCGACUCUCUGCCUUCCUCACCCAAACUGCAGCACGACAACAGGCAAGGCAGUAUCGCCACGCUGCGCUCUUCACCCUCCACCACAGACAAGUGCGUUUGCGAUAGCAAGUCUUCCCCCAUUUGGACGGCAAAGAAAAAGCUAAAUGGUUAUGUGGUCUACAAGCACAGAUCUCGGCUAUGUGAAUGCACUGAGGCUGAGGCAGAAAUCAUCCUCCAGCUGAAGAACGAGCUGAGGGAGAAGGAGCUCAAAUUGACGGACAUCCGCCUGGAGGCACUUAGCUCUGCCCAUCACCUGGACCAGAUCCGAGAGGCCAUGAACCGCAUGCAGAAUGAGAUUGAGACGCUGAAAGCAGAAAAUGAUCGCCUGAAGUCCAGCGGUAACGCAACACCGACAGCCACACCCGUGAAGACAGCCCGGCCACCCUCUGAGACCUCUAGCACCUCCUCAUCCUCCUCACGUCAGUCCUUGGGGCUGUCCCUCAAUAACCUCAACAUCACAGACACCAUCAUGUCAGAUAUUCUCCUCGAUGACAGCUAUGAGGGCAACCUACGCAAAGAGGGCCGCAGUGUGCGAAUAGUGGUUACCAUCAGCAGUGGGCCAAAUAUUACCAAGGGUACACAAAGCCAGGAGUACCUGAUUGGGUCUAUAGGUGUGAGUGGGAAAACCAAGUGGGAUGUCCUGGAUGGGGUUAUCCGACGCCUCUUUAAAGAGUAUGUGUUCCGCGUGGAUCCUCUGACCAGCCUGGGUCUCAGCUCAGACAGCAUUGUCUGCUACAGGAUGGGUGAGGUGAUUCGCUCCCACGCCUCUGAAGUGCCUGAGCUGCUGCCCUGCGGCUACCUGGUGGGUGGCAACAACAUCAUCAAGGUCAACCUUAAAGGUGUUAAGGAGAACAGCAUAGACAGUCUCGUGUUUGACACUCUCAUCCCGAAGCCCAUCAUCCAGCGAUAUCUCAACCUGUUGAUGGAGCACCGUCGGAUCAUCCUCUCAGGACCCAGUGGCACCGGUAAAUCCUUUCUGGCUGCCAAACUGGCUGAGUACAUCAUUUUCCACAUGGGGCAGGAAGUGACGGAGCACAAUGUGGCCAGCUUUAAUGUCGACCAGAAUUCCAGCAAGGACCUGCGUCAGUACCUAUCAACCCUGGCUGAGCAGUGUAACUCUGAGGACACGGACACAGAGCUCCCCACUGUGGUCAUCCUGGACAACCUCCACCAUAUCGGCUCCCUCAGCGACAUUUUCAAUGGCUUUCUCAACUGCAAGUAUCACAAAUGCCCUUACGUUAUUGGGACCAUGAAUCAGGGGGUGUCUUCGUCUCCUAACCUCGAGCUGCAUCACAACUUCAGGUGGGUGCUGUGCACCAACCACACUGAACCAGUCAAAGGUUUCCUGGGGCGCUUCCUACGGCGGAAGCUGAUUGAGACAGAGAUUGAUAAGAAUAUGCGCAGCAAUGACCUGAUUAAGAUCAUUGACUGGAUCCCCAAAACCUGGCAGCACCUCAACAGCUUCCUGGAGGCACACAGCUCCUCCGAUGUUACCAUAGGCCCUCGUCUGUUCCUGUCCUGUCCCAUGGAUGUAGAGGGUUCUCGGGUUUGGUUCACUGACCUGUGGAACUACUCCCUGGUGCCCUACCUGCUAGAGGCUGUCAGGGAAGGACUGCAGCUGUACGGCAAAAGAGCUGCAUGGGAAGAUCCAUCCAAGUGGGUGAAUGACACAUAUCCAUGGAACGCCGCCUCACUGCAGCAGGACGGGCAGUCGCUGCUCCAGCUGAGGCCGGAGGACGUGGGAUAUGAUGGAUACAGCUUGUCCAAGGAGGGCGCCUCAUCCAAGCAAGUGUCUCAGAGUGACACUGAGGGAGACCCACUGAUGAACAUGCUGCUACGGCUGCAGGAGGCAGCAAACUACUCCAGCACGCAGAGCUGCGACAGUGACAGCACCAGUCACCAUGACGACCAGCUAGACUCUUCACUGGAGUCAGCACUAUGAGAGCAAGAGAUACUGAUCCCCUAACCCGCACCCCUUGGACCUCCCAGAACCUGGGAACUAUCAAACCCCCAUCACUACCGGACACCCCUAUAGUUAGCAAAUGAUAUAUGAAAAGUUUUAUUAUCCAAAAUGAUUUACCCAACAUUUGAGAGAGAAAAAAGCCUAUUUUUACACAGCGAUGGUGCAAUAUUAAAUCAGAUUAUUUUAUGUCUUAAAGAUGUGUCUUCAACUUGGUCCCCGGUGAUCAAAAAGGUAAACGACAAUAUGCGUAAGAUCGAAUCUAUUUUACUGACAUCGGAUAGUGUUCGCCAGUCAUUUUUAAUGGAUGUGUAACAUUUGAAGAAUACAACUUUUCAUAUAUAUUAUAGGUUUUAGUGUGUCUGAUAAGGAACAUCACACUUUGUUCACACUUUUCAUUUUAGGUGUGAGAAAAUGAAAGAAGUUCAGCGUGAUCAAACUGGAUUUUUUGUUAUCUAGUUAUAUUUUCAGGUGUUUACAUUUAGGGUCGGGUUUUGUUGUGUAUGUCUUUCCUUGUUUACAGAGGUGCUUCUCACAGACACACACUCAAAUGAAUGCACUUGCACACAGGCAGCAGGAGAGACUCUCUGUUAAUGAAAGCUUUUAAAAGUUCAGGCCAUCAUUUAAUCUACAGCCCAGCCUGCCACAGUGUCCUUGAGCAAAGUACCAUAUCUCCACCACUUCUGACUACCCUGAUCUCUUACACUAUCUUUCAGGUGAUGUAAUGCUCUCUAGUGGCCACAGGCUGUUUUACAUCCAGUGUGUUUACACACAAAUCAUCAGGUUUCAGUAAAAGUCAUUUAUGGUCAACCAAACCUGCUCCUUACUGGGUUUGGAGUAGAUUUUGUUCACCGCUGUACCAUUUUUAAAAAAUAUCUUUGCUUUUUGUGAACAUGACGAGGGUGUAGCUAAUAUUGGAGCAUACUAACACACUCUGCUGCCCUCAGCUCAGUCACUAGUUGAGCCUCGUGGUGCUGGUCUCCUGCCCUGAAUGUUGUCGGCGUCAGGCACUGCCAAGCCGCUCCUCGCCCCCCCCCCCUCCAUGCCGACAACAAGCACAACGAAAGCGCAUUGUCUGUGUGUGUGAUCCAGUCUCACUACUACUGUGAAGAAAAAAAUUGAAAAGUGCCAACGUUUUGUUUCGAUUUGACUGCCAAAUGUAAACACAAUGCAGAGCCGAACAUGGUUGUAGAAGUCUACAUUACGCUGUUCUUGGCCUGCUGUCAAUGUUUAGCUGAAAUGUACCGUGAAGAGAGCAGACAGCGCCCUCUCUGUGGAUUGUAACAGGAGUAACCAGGUAUUUUUGGCAGUCUGCACAGGGUUUGGUGCAAUGUAGGCUGACCCUGAGUUCAGUAAUACCUAACAGAGUAGCGUGGUAUUCUGCGGCCCUCAUUAGAAAUUCUUUUUUGACAUGUGCUUCGGUUUCUACCCGUGAGGUACCCGAAAGGAAUCCAAAUUGUCGCAUCCGUAUACAAGUUAACCAGAUCAGUCAAAGAGCUGAAUAGGGGAACAAUGAUAUUGGUGCUUUCUCCACUGCCUUAAAUGUUCAAAAGUUUUUUUCCAAGCAUCUUCUGGUGAGAAGACGAGAUAGUAUUGAUAUGCUUCCUGCUAUGUCAAAGAUGCUGCUUGCAGUGGGACAAACAGCCACUUUUGUUUGUUUUCCCUCCCUUACCCUCUAAAGCACCCUUUCUCCUUUCUGACAGUUAGAUUAUAAAAGAGUGAAUAGUGUAUUUGAAUUUGACCAAUAUUGUAUGAACAUUUAAAAAAGUAUAUAAUAGAGGGGUUGGGAUAUUUUUUUAAGUUGUUUUGUGCCCAGUUGAGCUGGGCUCACUUGAACUGAUAGGAGCACAACCAAACUGUUUCAGGUGUUCUUGCCUGAUGAGCAUGUCUUGAACCUUUUUAAAGGGGAUGCAUUAUGAGGAGACCUUUACCUUUAUGUAUGCGUGUAUUGGACGGAAGCCAUUUAGAUUUUUGAUUGUCCUCUCUUUGUUUAUCGAGUGGGUUGGUUUUGCACACUUUGAGGUUGGGUUGGGUUGUAAAUACUUAAGUCUUGCACAGUGAAUCAAAGAUGCAUUCUGCCCUGUCGAUGUUCCAAUAUGCUUAACCCACCGAAUAAAUUAUUGUACUUUGAAAACAGAGAGAAAAAAAAGAAAUGCAAAAUUCAACACGCUGUCAGAAACAGGUGUGUGUCUUGUGGUGAUUGGAUGUUGUGCCUAUGCAGGAGGCAUACAGUGUACAGUAAGAAACAGCUUUUUUUUAACUCACUGAAAUCACAAAAGGAGAAGAAAAAAAAUAGGCACUUACUCCAGUAUUCCUCAUCCUGCCAUAAUAUUUUCUGGAUCUUAGGAAUCCCAGUUGUUCAUUAGAAACACUUCCCCUCUGGACAUUUUAACUGAAGCUUACCGCCAUGUUAGGCUUGCUAGUUGGCCGAGACACCGAAGCUGAUCUGACACCGUACUGUAAACAUUUACCAACAACCAACAGGUGCUACUGGUCAGAGCUCACCAGAGACCAAGAAGUCAUGUUGUCACAACCUCAGGACAAUUCUAUCCUCUACAAUCCUACCUGUGUUCAGCUUCACGCGUGUCUCCGCAGCCAAGUUGUUGAUGGUCCGCACAUUCUUUUGGCAAAGGGGUGUAGUUGCAUGCUAAAGGGGUGGUUGCUCCUUACCUAGACUUACACCCGCAUAUCAAACCUAUCUGUUAACAGUGUACACCAUGGUGACAUUUUCCCCACUUAACACUUUGCAGUUACAUCUCAGUUGAAAACCAUAGCAUUUACUCUGGUUUGAGAGAACGUUUUCUUCUUUUUGGGUGAAACAUUUGUCCUUAAAUGUUUUAUAUUUUGUACAUUUGUAUGUAACAUAUCAUGUAAAUAGACAGAGACAGUGAUUUACCUCAUCUGGAGGAUUUUGUAGUCUUUGUAAAGCCCUAAUAAAUGGUAUUUGGUGUCACACAGGCAAAAACGGUCUUUUGUGUUCAUUUUAUUUUAUUCAUGUCUCUUAGAAUGAUAAGAAUUAAAAGAAAAAUAUAAAUUAAAAAAAACAUAUUCAAGUGAAAGUAAGGAAUAUGAAACACAUUUUACUUAGAAUCAGAUCAGCAUAUACUAAUUCCAACAAAGAUGGUGCUAGGUGUUGGCAUUAACUCUAAAGAGUUUUGCAUGCAGGACGUUCUGAUGAUAUCAAUUGUGUGUAUGUUAUAUGCUUUGGAUGCAGUCUGGAGUUUGGUUUGUAGGAAGAGUUUUUACAGUCCAACACAAAAGAUGAACCUAACAAGAUUAUAAGAUGACAACUAUGGAAUGAUUCUUAUAUAGCACUUUUCUACUGUCCCAGAGUACUGACGGCGCUCUAUACAACAUGCCACAUUCACACAACCACUUUCACUGUACUUCGUGCUACUACAUUCACACUCCGAUGGAUGAAUUGGAGAGCAACUUGGGGUUAGUAUUUUGCCCAAGGAUACUUGACAUGCAGACUGGAGGAGCCAAGGAUCGAACCACCAGCCUUCCAAUUAGUAGGUGACCUGCUCCACCUCCUGAGCUACAGCCACCCUGAAACUGAGAAGGAUUUUUCAGUUUCUGGUGUGUCAAAGAAGGCCAGAGAAGUAACAUGCUUAUAAUUAGGUGCUGUCCAUUGAAAAUAUAAUUGAUUGAAUGUCACAAAUAUUAGCUGUAAGAAUGCAGUAAAACUAGGUGAAAAUAUCAUGUCACAGACUAUAUAUUAUACAAUUCAUGUCACCCGACCAGUCACAUGAGGUGGCCUAAUCCUAAAAUGUUUGUGAUUUUUUUUUUUUUUAGCAUCUAGCGCUUGCUAUAUGAAAUACAUUGUUCAAAGGGGGGAAAACAGAUCUAUACACGCAGGAGUAGACGAAAUGAGGAGCGCGAGACUGAAGCCAUAGCAAACAUGGCACCCGGCACGACUCCUGUAACGGAGUCAGAGGAAGAUCUUAAAACCUUUAAAUCUAAAGGAGCUCCGAUAUCUUUACCGAAACAUUCCUACUGGUUUGACUUCUGGGCUUUCGUGGUCUUUGAUUUCGUGUUAUUCCUCGUCGUGUAUUUCUUAGUCCCUUAAAAGGUUGGUUCCAGGACUUUGAAGCUUGAAGAUGCAGAGUGCUCGCCCUGCCCUGCCCUUGGAAAUGUUAACCCUGCUUUGAAUCUAACACCAUGUGAUUGGAUGUCGUACAUCAUUUGGCUGCAUAACAAACAUCUGAACUACAGAGCUGCUGUGACUGGACUAUCCUCCUUAAUCCAUGGAAUCAGUUUUUCUGUGGGGGCGAGAAACAUUUGAAGUGCUGUAUUGUUGAAAAGUCACAAUGAUGUCAUCAGGACUUACAAAAUGCUUUUACCAGAAAGUUACUAAGACACUUUAAGUGUUGUUACUGUCAGUUGUUAAGUAGUUUUAUUAACCCAUGUUUUAUUAAUAAUGUUUAAUUUUCUGGCUUCUUCCUAGUGUUUUGGUUUUGUUUCCAUGUUUUCCUGAUCAUCACCUGUAAAUAAAUCUGACAUCUCCAAAUGAAUGUAUUGUCAUAUCAAGCUAUGCGAUCAAUUGGUGUGGGACCCAUAUGGACACCAGAAGAUUAGCGUCCACCUUCACUCAUGAAAGAACAAUGCUGUGUUGGGAGAAAUACUAGAAUGCCGAAGCCAUGGAAAUUUCCACAUGGAAAACACUGCAAAUAAAGUUUUUUGUCUACUUGGUAAAUUACAACAUUCUGUUAUCUGUUGGAUGAACUUCUCAUUUAUCAGCAUCACAUCUGUUAUUAGGAUCUGAGUACAGUGUUAGGUUCUUAUACCACUGGGAGUGACUGCACUUUUGAGACACAUAAAGCGCAACUGUUUA